UUUGUUUCCAUGAGAAGUUAGCUGAUGUAGUACUAAUGGCGUCCUUUCUACGAGUUAUUGUUCUAUCAUGGGCUUUUACUGUUGCGUGGUUUACCCUCUGGAUGCUAAUGAUAUACUUGACGAAGGAGAUGAAACUCAAGUUCACGGACGCAGCUGCAAUAGUCAAUGUGUUUGCUGGUGUAUCAGCUGUUGCUCAUCUUGGCAUGCAGUUCUUAGUUGAUGCAUUUAUUGGUCACUUUUGGAUGCUCUGCCUCUCUACCUUAGCAUUCAGUUUUGGUUUCGGGUUCUUGGCAAUAUCAGCAUCACCAAUACUCUCUGGUGGAGCACAAAAGGGGCUAUUCUACGUUGCCCUAACGGUUAUAUCCGUUGGUAUAUAUGGACGGUCAAUCUCGUUGGGAGUUUUCACAGAGGACCAACUAGAAGACAGUGGGAACAAUGGGAAUCCAGCCAUGCUCACCAGCUUUGUCAUUGGAAACGUUGGGAACUUUGUAUUCCCUUUACUUGCUUCUACUGCACUUCCUCAGAUAAGUCCGUGGUUUGUAAGAUUCGCAGUCCCUGCUGGCUGCGAGGUCUUAGCAAUGCUGAUCUUUCUCUCUGGUGCUUGUUCAUACAAACGGGAAAGACCUAGUGGGAGCCCUUUGACAACAGUGUUCCGGGUCUUUGCGGCUUCUGCUUCCAAAAUGUCUAGUGGAUAUCAAAACAACUCAAACCAGCUUUAUGAAGAUACCGAGUGUGGUCUUGAUAUGAAGUCCCACACAAGUAGCUUGAGGUGCUUGGACAGAGCUGCGAUGAUACUCCAAACCGAGCCUUUGGAACAGCAGAGGGGAAACAGAUGGAGACUUUGUAGGGUUACAGAAGUGGAGCAAACUAAAAGCGUGAUACGCACGGUUCCUUUGUUCACGACAUCUCUUAUCUCCGGGAUCGUUUUCUCUCUUGGUAACACUUUCUUCCUCGAACAAGCAAACCAUUUGGACUCCAAGUUCGGAUCAUGGAACCUCCCUCUCCCACUCCUCUUACUCUUUAGCGAGGCUGCAAGGCUAGGAUCUCGAGAACUAUGCGUCAUGGCUGCAAAACGUAACGCCCAAGCACCAAAACAAACCAAAACGCCAUAUGGUAUACCAGUCUCCAUCAUCCUAUCGGUAUUCUGCUGCGCCAUUGCUGCACAUGUUGAGUCCAUGAGGCUCAAAGUGGUUAGAACUCAAGAGACCGUCUACAUGAGUGUUUUCUGGCUGCUCCCACAGUACGUUCUUCUUGGUUCAAUUACAGGGAUCUAUGAAAACAGCUUUGCGCUUUACCUAGAAGAAACGGUCCCUGAAGAGUUGAGUCAAUACAUGGUUUUGUUUAACGUGGGUGUGUGUGGGGUUGGGAUCAUGAGCAAUAUUGCUCUUGUUAGUGUGGUGGGUAGAGUAAGUGGAGGAAACUGGUUUCAAGACACAAUAGACAAGAGCCGGUUGGAUAAUUAUUAUUGGGUGCUAUCAGCUUUGAGCAUGUUCAACCUCUUGUUGUAUUUCUCUGUAACUAAUAGGUACACAAAGUGCUACAAGAAGGAUGGGGGAGCACAAGAAAUGAUCGAUAGGUGA